AUGUCUACUGGCGCUGCUGCUCUGCAACCAGAGACAGCUGCUUCGACUCCUGUGGAUUUGCACUCCACUGUGAGCAAUGGCUCCCAAUUGUCCACUCCAUCUAACAAGGCUUCCAGAGAUGACCUUAAGGAUGCCGAGUAUCCUGAGGACCAUCAACCUCCUCUAGAAAUCCCAAAGAGGCCAGCCUCUGCUUACGUCACCGUCGUUAUUUCCUGUUUAUGUGUUGCCUUCGGUGGUUUCGUUUUUGGCUGGGAUACUGGUACCAUUUCUGGUUUCGUUGCUCAAACUGACUUCAAGCGCAGAUUUGGUGACUACAGUGAAUCUAAAGGUACCUACUAUUUGUCCAAUGUUAGAAUCGGUUUGAUCGUUGCUAUUUUUAACAUCGGUUGUGCUUUUGGUGGUAUUUUCCUCGGUAAGAUUGGUGACAUGUACGGUCGUAGAAUUGGUUUAAUGGCCGUUGUUGUUGUUUAUGUUGUUGGUAUUAUCAUUCAAAUUGCAUCCAUCAACAAAUGGUACCAGUACUUCAUUGGCAGAAUUAUUUCCGGUCUCGGUGUCGGUGGUAUUUCCGUCCUUUCCCCUAUGUUGAUUUCCGAAAUUUCUCCAAAGCACUUGAGAGGCACUUUGAUCGCCUGUUACCAACUGAUGAUUACCGCUGGUAUUUUCUUGGGUUACUGUACUAACUACGGUACGAAGAAUUACUCCAACUGUGUUCAAUGGAGAGUUCCCUUGGGUCUAUGUUUCGCCUGGGCUCUUUUCAUGAUCGGUGGUAUGACUUUUGUUCCUGAAUCUCCUCGUUUCUUGGUUGAAGUCGGUAGAAUGGAAGAGGCUAAGCGCUCUAUUGCUAAGUCUAACAAGGUUUCCAUCGAGGACCCCGCUGUUCAAGGUGAGCUUGACAUGAUUAACGCUGGUGUUGAAGCUGAAAGACUUGCCGGUUCUGCGAACUUCAAGGAAUUGUUCUCUACCAAAACCAAGGUUUUCCAGAGAUUGAUCAUGGGUAUUCUAAUUCAAUCUUUGCAACAAUUGACUGGUGACAACUACUUCUUUUACUACGGUACUAUUAUUUUCAACUCUGUUGGUUUGACUGACUCUUUCCAAACUUCCAUUGUCAUCGGUAUUGUUAACUUUGCUUCCACUUUCGUCUCUAUCUACACUGUUGAGAGAUUCGGCCGUCGUAAGUGUCUACUAUGGGGUGCUUGCACCAUGGUCUGCUGUUUCGUGGUUUAUGCUUCCGUCGGUGUCACCAGACUAUGGCCAGAGGGUGCAAACCACAAGGAAAUCAGUUCCAAGGGUGCUGGUAACUGUAUGAUUGUGUUCACCUGCUUCUACAUUUUCUGCUUCGCUACCUCCUGGGCUCCAACUGCCUACGUUAUCACAGCUGAAACCUACCCAUUGAGAGUGAAGGCUAAGUGUAUGGCCAUUGCUACUGCUUCUAACUGGUUGUGGGGUUUCUUGAUUGCCUUCUUCACUCCUUUCAUCACUUCUGCUAUCAACUUCUACUACGGUUACGUCUUCAUGGGAUGCUUGGUUUUCGCUUACUUCUACGUGUUCUUCUUUGUUCCAGAAACCAAGGGUCUAACUUUGGAAGAAGUCAAUGAGAUGUGGCUAGAAGGUGUCUUGCCAUGGAAAUCUGCUGACUGGAUCCCAGCCUCCAGAAGAGGUGCUGACUUUAACGCCGAGGCUUUCCAAACUGACGACAAGCCAUGGUACAAGAGAUUCGCUUAA